CACAACCCGCACGGCAGGAAAAGUGAGAGUACUGUAAAAUAUACACUCGAAUCGCCCAUCUUGUCCUACUGCGCUAGGCAACACACGAGACUCUUCGCACCACUUGAAAUUGUUCUAGGUGCAUACAAUUAAAGCGCCGCCGACCUCAUAAUAUGCUGGGGAGCUUUGCUGUAUAGGCAGAUACCUUAACCACCUUGGUUGGUUGAAUAAGGUGGUAGACUGAUUAAACACAUGACUCGGAAAAUUCGUUGAG